CCUCCUCCUCCGCCGGUGGUAACAUUUCCCUGCAGCUUGCUGACAGUUAGCUGUGUAGCUGCUAAUGGCCGACAGCUUGCUGUCCAUAUUUAUAAAUAGUUGAAAGGCUGUUUGUUUCAUCCGUCAGACACUUGACACCAGAGGAUCUCGCAGACCCACAUGCUGCAGCCCAAGCCCUCUUUCCGUCCCCCCAUGAUGGACUCUGUGGGAAAAGUCCUCUAUUUCUGUCUGGUGUCCGGCUCCGAGUUCUGCUGCCUUCCUCUGGUCAGACGCUCCAAAACCUGACUGUGGACUAUCAAGAGUUUUUUUCUUCGGGUAGUUUUUUCCGUAGAAAGAGGCAGAGCUGCCAGUGAGGGCUCAUAUGAGGUGACAGGGGAGGAUCAGAUCUGCGAGGCCUUGGGAGACGGAGUCUUUUGAGGAGUUUAACCUGGAGUAGAUCUCAGAUUAUGGAUUAUAGAGCUGAAAGGAGAACAACAGGAUCUUUUGGACAGAGGCCAGCUAAAAGGCACGAUGACUUAGACGCGACUGGCUGAAGAAAAUCCAGGGGCCCUGAACUCUGGGUCCUGCAGCUCCACUGGCAGACAUAGCGUUUCAUUUUGAGGUCUGUGCUUGCAUGAAUGACUGAGCAAUUGAGGACACAGCUCUUUGUUUCCGAGCCAGCAUCAUGACCUCAGUUGAGAAGCGCCGCUCAGGCCGAAAGAGCGGCAGGCAUCGAAAGAACAGCGAUACUUCGAGCGGUGGGUCCUUCCUGGAUGAGACCGACCGCGAGGUCAGCAGUCUGACAGAUCGAGCAUUCAGGAGCCUCUGCAUUGGAGAUGAGGCUGUUUAUAACGACUCAGACCUCUGUCCCUCUUCCCCCUGCGGCCAGAGAGACAGACAGCUGGCCUUUAGUCAGGGCGGCCAAGACAGAAACAGAGAGGACAGAGAGAGAGAGGAACUUAAGAGAGCUGCCCAUGAGAGCUUCAGCGUCAGGGUGCAGCAGUACGGACAGGACUGGAUGCAUGGAGGAAUGUAUGGGGCUGAGAUCCAAAGAGAUCCGCAGUGGGAGGCUUACGGCGAAAGGACACAGGGGAGGGUUUCUGCCACAUUCCAGCAAUCCCUUGUGGAAACCUCCCAACAGGAAAAAUCUCUGAGGGAAGACCAGUUGUCAUUCUUCAGCAAUGGAGCCACAGAUUUAAGUUCGCAGCAACGCAGGAGCCGCUCCAGAGUUUCCUCCCUCAUCAGAGCUUUUAACUCUGACGGACAAAGGGAUGGAGCAGGGAUGGAUGGUAAACUCAGAGAGGGGAAUAAUGAGACAAGCUGGGACAACUCAGCCCUGAUGAAUAUCCAAAGAGAACUUUCUGAAUUCUCUUCAUCAUACCAGCAAAACUUUAACAGUGACCAUUUCCUGACAGGUGGUCCGUUCACGUCUCAAAACUCCGGAUUCUACUCCUCUGAAGUAGCAGCAGUGGCUCACACAAAUUCUGCAUCCACUUUCAUGAGCGCUUCCCACAGUAAACACAGCAUGUCCACGCAGGUCAACUGCAACUCUAACUUCUUUAUACACAGUGAGUUUAGUCCCUUCAAGGUAUGGAGGGAUCACAACAGGUUUCCUUUUCAACAAGGGGACGUCUCAGGGUUUAUGCACUGCUCUGAGUUCCCUAAAUGGUACGAGACACCAAUGUACAGGGAGCUUUCACAGGAGGCCCGGCCACAGGGGCCUUACAGGUUUGAGGAGAGGGGUAUUGGAAACCUGAGGAAUAACAUGGUGCCAAUGGUUCCUCCCACUUCUCAACGCUCCACAUCAACAUCUACAAUGCUGCAGAAAGCUUCGGCUGUGGAGAAACGCAGCGAGUCCGAGUUGGCAGGUCGUUAUCCCCACAGGAAGCGGUUGCAGAGUCUGGGAACUAACAAGCUUCCUCCCCAGCGCCCAUCAACUGCAUCACCUACUGUCGAGAUGUCUCGACGUGUGCGGGACACCAUCAGCUCCGUGAAAGCCUUGCAGCAAAAGAUCAAAAUGAUGGCCGAGCAAAACAUGGAAAUGGAGAUGAAAGCAAAUCAACAAGAAGCACUUUGUAGCAACGAUAAUUUAAUUCCUUUUGGCAACAGUGCAGUAACAGCGGCAGCAAAUGUUGUCAGAGGUAACACAACCCCACUCAACAUCAGUCAGCUUCUCACACCCUCAGUCCAAGCAAAUCAAGAAGCAGGGACAUCAGUGGUCCGAGAAGGUGCGGUUUCACCUCAGCUUGUGGAACAUGCUCCGGUGCGAGCUGAGAGCAGGGGAGCUACUCCUGACAUUAGGAUGACCAGCUACAAAUCUAGAGCCACAAGCCUCCUCUUCAAUCUCAAAGACAACAGGAAACGAGUAAAAAACACCUACAGCCCAACCAAAUUCAAACAGCCUUCUGUGCAGGAGCCGAGAGACACUGUGAUAGAUAUCCCAGAUUAUCCAGAUCCAGACAUUCAGUUUACACAGGUAGAAGAAUUCAGCAGGACAAGUGCUGCCUCACAUCAGUAUGCAAACCAGUAUCAAAACCCUGGAUUGUCGCUUGCAACACGAAACUCUCGUCCUAAAACAGCACCUGCAGGCCAAUAUUCAGAAUACACUUUAGGUGAUUACCAGACAGCUCAGAGGCAAAGUGAGAUGGUUCAUCAUCACUCCACGUCCACUGGCUUUACACCUGAAAACUACACAACCAAUCAGCUGGCUAAUGGACAGUAUCUCCAUGAAGACUUAAUGUCAUAUACUUCCUAUAAACAAAGCAUGAGAGAAAAUGCAGGAAUUCUGGUAGGGGAUGAACACAGGCUUAAACCAUCUUAUACAGAGGCACCAAGAAAUACUGUCAACAAUCAGACCAGAGAAUAUUUCAUAAGUAGGGCAAAUGCUGAGCAACAUUUUAAUGAAACACUGGGAAGGGAAUCCACCAAGGUGGAUAGAUAUCAGCAGCCGAAAGACAACAAACAUGAUUACAGUAAUGUGUCCACACAGGAUAGGUGGAGACAGACAAACAGCCAAGACACAGAAAGGCUCGGCCUGAGAGCAACUGUCUCUCCAUGGAAACAAGAGAUAACUGCUUUAACAGAAAAAGAGCAACAUGCACAGGCUUACCAAAGAGCAGCCCCGAAAAAGGAGGAACUAAAUUUACCCAGAGACAAAUACAGAGGACAUCAGCAAACUGUAAAUGCAGAACUUGAAACAAGAGAGUUGAGGCAUAUUUAUGGGGCAGGAUUGGUCAAUCCUAACAUUUCAAACCAACUACCCCAAAAUGCUCCAGAAAUCAGUAAUGCUAAUGUAGAAAAUCAAGAAUAUUACGGACAACAACAAGCUGGAACAAUUAAAGACAAAUAUGCACUUCAAAAGCGUCAUGGACACAAUGAAAUGAAAAAUGAUUUGACACAGAAUUAUGAUAGGUAUACUGAUCCAGAAAACCAAAAUCAACACAUAUUUAAUACUAGUAAAGACAAAACGAUGUGCACGCAGGAAACAGGUCCGAGAAAACAAUCUAUGCCGGUUCCAAAAGGACACGAAAUGCAAAGUCUCAAGCCACUACAAGCCACAACGACGAUUGGAGAUAAUGUGCACAAAAAUGCAUUAUCUAAUCCUGACAAUGCAGCUGAAUCCACCAUCGCAUUAAACCAGGUGAAGGAUAGACAGUUGGCUGAGGUCAAGGCUGGACAGGCCACAGCAGAAAACUCCAAAGUGGAGCUGGCAAAGGUUCAGCACCGGGCUCAAGUGGAGCCACCCAAAGCAGAGUCGGCCAGGUUAAAUUUAGCAGGUCAGACUGGUUCAGAGAAAGUCAAAGCACAACAGGCCAAAGCAGAACUGACAGAGCGCGAGAGACUCAAACCGGCUAAAACAGAGGAGAAGAAAAAAGGAGAACAGACAGAAAAACCGAGAGAAAAACAUCCAGAGCAUGCAAGGGAGGAGCAGACGAAGGCCAGAGAACAAAAGAUAACAGAAGAGCCAAGAAAUAAAAAAGAGGAAGCAGCGGCCAUGCACAUGAAAGAGGAGCAGGUCAAAGCUGAAAAAGCCCGAGCAGAAAGGCUAAAAGAAGAACACAUAAAAACUGAACUGGCACCGACAGAGCAAUUAAGAAUACAAAAAACGACACAGUUCAGAAUAGAGGAGGACGAACAGGUAAAAGCAGAACAAAUUGAAAGAGAGCGGAGAGAGACUGAACGAACCAGAACAGAAAAGAUUAAAGCAGAACAAGCUAAACAAGAGCAACAAGCUAAAACCGAACAGGAGAAACUGAAGGCAGUUGAGAUGGAAAAGUUCAAAGCAGACCACAUUAAAGUUAAGGAUGUCAAACAAGAGAAAUCGAAGAUAGAUUUGAUUAAAGCCCAUGUAAAUUCAGAAAAAACGAUCCCAGAGUUAAAUAAGGCCAAAGAGCAAACAAAAGUAAAGUUAGCUAAAGCAGAGCUAACGAAAACAGAGGAUCUGCAGGAAAGGUUAGUUAAACCUGGAGCAAAACUAGCAGCGAUACAAAAGGUCAAAAGUGAGCCGGAUAAAGUUGAACAAGUUAAGACAGAGUUAGCUAAAGCCAAAGCAGAACUUGCCAAAAUAAAAGAGAAAAUGAAAGGAGAAGUCAGAAAAACCAACAUCGUAAUGGAAAAUGACAUUGCAAAGAAAGAUGUUGAUUUAAACAUUAAUAUGAAUAAAAAUGAGGAUUAUAAAAACCAGGAUGGAGCAACACAAAUGCAUCAACUGAAUGAACACUCACUUGACAGAGGGGCUGAUGAUUUCAACAGUUUGAGAGGAAAAUAUGGUUUCACUAAUGCACUUUCAACAAACAGAAAAGAGGAGUUAACUGCAAAAAAUGAUUCUUCGAAUGAUGACAAAGAAACACCAACUAUAUCUCCUGCCACAGCUGAGACAGUGAAUAACAACAAAUCAAAUGACAAACAGAUUCCUCCAAGUGUAUUUGCAAAAGCUAACACAGAAAAUAAGGAGGAAAGCGAAAGCUUUAAAUCAAACGAAGAGACAGAGGGUCACUAUGUUUACAGUGAGUCAUCCAAAGAAUUCAAAUUAUCCAGUUCUGAUAAUCUACCCACCCAUGUAGAUAACGGAGCAAAUUGUGACACUGUUACUGAUAAAGUGAAGGAUGAAAGUGUUGAAAAGUUGGAAAAAUGUGAAGCUGCGAAACUCACUGAUGUAUCACAUCAAAGAGAUUCUGAUUUGACGAAACUCCUGCCUCUUGAACGAAAACCUAAGUCAGUUGAGCACAGUGCAGGUCCAGGUAAAGAUGUGCAUUUCACCCCUCCCAGAGCAUCGACACAUAAAGAGAGAGCACAGACCAAGCAGGAGAUUCUGACUUCCAGGAUAAAAGCUCACGCUGAAAAAGAGAUUUCAGCAAUAAAAGAAAAGGGUUUUGCUUUAAGAGAUGGGUUUAUAUCCAAAAACCCUACCAAGCUAUUAGCAGGUAGUCAGAGUCUUAACAUACGACAAAGGCUGCCAUCACAGGAAGUGUCUAAAAAGCAUGAAAACACUAUGUCCAGUAAUAUUACACCAAAGCACCAGAUGGAGCAAUCAGGAGUACAGACGGAGACAGUCAAGUCUGUGCCAACCCCCAGUUCUGCUACAAUACCAGUGAAGUCUGCAGUAACCACUGGUCAGUCGGUAGACCAUUUACAGAAGCAGGUUCCCAAAGUACCAGUGAAAAGCAAUGACAAUGUGCAAGAACCUACCAAAGAUGCAAGACCGACAGGAUGUGAUCCUAAAAACACAAACAGGGGCUUGAUAGAAAAACAGAAGAAAGAAAGUCAAUCUGGAGUUAAAUCACUUCUGCAAAGUAAAGAGCAGGCACCUGUGGACAACCGUGGAAAGCAGAAAUCCAAUCAUGGAACCAACCCCGGAAAACAGAAAGAUGGGGUUAAAGACAAUCUUGCCAUAAGCACCGACCAACAGAACAAGGAGGAAGAGGAUCUAUCAAAAGCUACAUCUCUGGUCAAAGCUGAAAGCUCAAAACCUAUGACAGCAGAAAAACCUGAGGGUAAACAUGAAGAACUUCAUAAGGACUCAGCACCUUCAAUAAAUCUUUUCUCUCAAGAUCAGAACAAGACCCCUGUGGCUGAUGACAGCUUGCAGAUCAUGGGAAUCAUGGUAAUUGUACGAGAAAGAAAGCCAUCCCAGAGUGAUAACACCAACCUGGAACAAAUAACUACAAAAGAGAAAGAACACAGUAAUUCAGAGUUAGAUAAAUGUCAUCCCAGCUCAAGUUUAGAAGUAAGUACAGGAAAAGAUUCUCCCAAGGAAAAUAGCAUAGCAAAGGAAAAAGACAGAGUUGCGCAGGAACUUCGUCCCACAGAGAAGGAAGAUCAAACUAAAGUUGGUGUGAUUAAUCAUUCUGAAAAUGUUUCUGAGAAUGUCACUGUGAAAAAGACUAAUCUUCAGAAGAGUACUUCUAUAGAUGCAAAACCUCAAAGGGAAAUGCGACUUCUAGAACCACUGGCUGAAAAAGGCGUGCCAUCCACAGUCACUGCACCUGCUAAAAAUAAAGUAUUGGCUGACACUCAACACCCUUCCGACAAGCAAGACAUGAAAGACAAGGAACAGAAUGACUACUCAAACAAAAUGCCCAAACAGAACCUGGCAAAGGACACGAGGAAAGAUGAAGUAAAGAAUAUUAUAGAAGAAACAAAUGAUCAAAAAACACCAACAGCACAUACCAAUGACAACUUCAAGGCUAAAGUGGAGAACACAGGAAUCAAGAAUGAUUCCAACAAAGCUGAUGCAGAAGCUCUUGUAAAACCUGAUGUCCAGCAGACAUCGACAGCAAAUGAUGGCGAGUGUGCACCCCUAAUGGAAGAAAAGAGAAAUGACCCAACGCCAAUGAAGCCAUUCAGCAAAACCACUCCAUCUCAGCAUUUACCUGAAAACCAAAACAACCCUGUAUCCCCAAGAUUAGAGACACACACUCAAGUGGAUGAUGUUGUGCAUAUAGACAGCAUUGCCAUCAGAGUUGUCCCAACGUGUGCAGUAACUAAGAAUGACAACCUGAAUACAGCAGGAAAGAAUGCUGCCACAGUUGUCCCAGCUGAUGUGGUUGUAGCUACUGAAGAUAAAGAAGUUGCAUCAUCAAGUUCCGAAGAAAAAGUGAACACUUCAACCAACAAAGAUAGAAUCAAAGACCUCACUGCAGAAGACAAAUUUGGAGUACAAUACGUGUUGUCCAGUGUGAAAAAACUGUCUGAUUCAUUGAAAAUCAGCAAACAACAGGACAGCAUCAAGCUAACCACUGAAAACACUCAAGCUGAAAGUCAAAGGUCUGAUGAAGUAAAGACUAGUAGGAAUUCAGUGGAUAAAUCAAAGGAACAAGCCAUGGAGGGAGACUACUUUCAAGUGCAAGGGGUAGCAGACACAAAUAAUGACCUACACAAUAGUGCCAAUGAUGGAGAGACGUUAGAUGGUGUUUCAAACGAAAGGAUACCUCCAGCGUCACUAAACAGGACUUCUGCCAACGAGGAAGUAAAAAAUGACGCUUUUUCUUUGAAUCAAAGUAAGAGGGAAACAAUGGAAUUGAGCACAGUAGGCGUCCAAAAUGUGAAUGUGGAAAAGAAAAACCGAGAAACAGAGACUUCAAAACAGAGCGAUGGUCCCACAGAGAGACAGGAAGUAGGUCAAGCUAAUCAUUUGAGAAAAUCCAGUUUGUCAGCAAGGGAGAGACAGAGCUCAAGAAAUUCAUACCUAACAAGGGACAAUGCUGUCAAGGAAAAACCCGAAGUUAAACCAAAACCAAAGGAAAGAGUAUCCACAAUACCUGAAAUAUCCGCACUUGCAGACUAUGCCAGACUAAAAGUAAUUGUUCCAGAGGAGCAGGAAAACACAAUUCAGGAAUUCCCACCCAACAAAAAGGAAGGAUUCUUCCCACUAAUACAGUCUCGUCAUAGCAGACGUCCAGUGUUCACUGAUGACCCAAAAGAUAUCGCUGUCAAAGAGAAACAUUUGCCAAAUAAGACAGAGAUGAGUGCCAAAGUGAACAGAGAACCCAAAGUAUUAGUAUUUCCCAUUACAGAGAAAGAACACCAAAGGACAGGGAUGUUCAAACUGGGAGAUAAAGACAAACAAGAGAAAAUGGUCUUAGAGCAAGUUGCUGGAAGUGAUACUCAAAGACUUAGUCAAAUAGCAAAGGGUUCCUCAGCAAGUCAAUCCUCCAUUGCAAACAACAACCUCAUCUUCUGCAGUCAACAGGCCAAGAAACACAUCAUUUUCAGAUGGAAAUUCACAACCCACCUUGGGGGAAUUUCACAACUUAGAGGAAAUCACAACUCCAAGAAAAGAGGAGAACAGAGAAGAGCUGCACAAGAGGAGCAGCAGAAGAGACCUGCACAAGAGGAGCAGCAGAGGAGAGCUGCACAAGAGGAGCAGCAGAAGAGACCUGCACAAGAGGAGCAGCAGAGGAGAGCUGCACAAGAGGAGAAGCAGAGGAAAGCUGCACAAGAGGAGCAGCGGAGGAAAGCUGCAAAAGAGGAGCAGCAGAGAAGAGCUGCACAAGAGGAACAGCAGUGGAAAGCUGCAAAAGAGGAGCAGCAGAGGAGAGCGGCUCUGAUUGAGGAGCAGCAAAGGAAAGCUGCACAAGAGGAGCAGCAGAGGAGAGCUGCACAAGAGGAACAGCAGAGAAAAGCUGCACAAGAAGAGAAGCAGAGGAAAGCUGCAAAAGAGGAGCAGCAGAGGAAAGCUGCACAAGAGGAACAGCAGAGGGAAGCUGCAAAAGAGGAGCAGCAGAGGAAAGCUGCACUAGAGGAACAGCAGUGGAAAGCUGCAAAAGAGGAGCAGCAGAGGAGAGCGGCUCUUAUUGAUGAGCAGCAAAGGAAAGCUGCACAAGAGGAGCAGCAGAGGAAAGCUGCACAAGAGGAGCAGCAGAGGAAAGCUGCACAAGAGGAGCAGCAGAGGAAAGCUGCACAAGAGGAACAACACUGGAAAGCUGCAAAAGAGGAGCAGCAGAGGAGAGCGGGUCUGAUUGAGGAGCAGCAAAGGAAAGCUGCACAAGAGGACCAGCAGAGGAAAGCUGCAGAAGAGGAGCAGCAGAGGAGAGCUGCACAAGAGGAGCAGCAAAGGAGAGCUGCUCUGAUUGAGGAGCAACCAAAGAGAUCUGCGAAAGAAGAGCAGCAGAGGAGUCCUGCAGAAGAGGAGCAGCAAAUAACUGCUGCUCUGAUUGAGGAGAAGCAAAGAAAAGCUGCACAAGAGGAGCAGCAAAGGAUAGCAAAACAGAGAGAGGAGAAGAGACUCGCUGAAAUUGAGCAGGAAAAGAGAAGAACACAGGGAGAGGAGGAGGACAGGAAAGCUGCUGAAAAAGAGAAAACAAUUAUGAAACUUAGAGAAGAAAAACACGCCAAAGAAGAAAGGACUAGAUCACUUGAGGAGAGCCAAGCAGAGGAGGGGAGGAGGAGAGCACAAGAACAGAUAGCUCAAAGAGAGAAUGAGAUCAUGGCUAAAAAGAGAGAAGAAGAAGAAAUGCUUGUGUCUCAGAGAGAAAGAGAGAGAGCUGCUCAGAUAGAGGAGCACAAAAGAGCAGCACAAAUGAUGGAUGCUCUCCAGUACUACGCCAUAUCCUCAACAGAACCAGAGCGGAAAUCCAAAGAAAGACAGGUACGCUCCCCUUUACCUUCCCAACAAAAACACCAUCCAUCAGUACGUGAGUCAACUGAGGACUCAGGAUACCACACUCGGUCUUACAGGCCACAUAGCUCUGCAUCUCCAGCUCCUUCUCUGCCCCGCUCCAACACCUCCUCUCCUGCUCUGGGAGGCAAGCCCUCGAUGUUCAGGGUGAAGGAUAACAAGAUCAGAAGUUCUCCUUUCACCAAGUCAGUCAAACCACGCUUCCAUAAGAACUUUGGAGAGGACCUCCGAGUGGGUUCCCCCAUGGAAAGGGUGUCAGAGAGAGAAGAGGAGCAGGAGAUAAUGAGACAUAGUGUUGGAGUUCCCGUCCGUCCUGACACAGGGUUAAACAGACAUGCUGUUAUCAAAGAAUCUUCAUCACAGGACUACUCUGCCCAUCUCCCACAACAUAGGCCAUUCUCCAGGAGGAGCAUUGUUCUGGAUGAAGAUGACUCCCGCUCUGUCAUGAGCAACAUGUCAGAGGAUGUGGAGAGUUUUGCUACCAGUGCUGCUGACCUUGCAGAUAUACGAGCCUUGUAUGACUUCGAUAGGCCGGAAUCAGCCUGUAGUUAUAGCAGUGAUGUGUCUCGUUCAAUGGGCAGGCCUCCAGUGGUUCCCCCAAAGAGUGACAAAGCCUUGCGCAGGGCACAAAGGUUAACUACUCGCAGGAUAAAGAAGGAGUCGUGCAAAGCAGUAGAAGACAGCCCUGCUGGAGUUGGAAAACCUCUUCAAGAAGUCCCUCAUCCUUCCUCCACUGAGGUACACUCCUCCAACAAACAUGCUGUGGCUUCCCCUCAUUUUUCCUCUCCCGUGUCCCUUGCUCAUGCUCCAGCAAUGGAGUCUGGCUUGCCUUCUUCCCACACAGAGCACACAUCAUCUCACCACUCUGUCCACACUUCCCCUAAUGCCUCUGGUCCCAUCUCCCUCCCAGUUGCCUUGCCUCAUGCUGCUGCCUCUGUUAUCCUCCCCGUUGCCUCACCUCAUGCUACUGGCCCUGUGUCCCACACUGCUGCUCCUAAAACAGUUUCUCAUGUUUCCUCUUCUCCCACUCUCCAUCAUGCCAACCAUCCAGCUCCAGUGACACAGUACCAUGUUGAGUCAAGCUAUCCCCAGUCCUACCCAUUGACCCAGCGCAAGGUGCUGCAAGACCUCGGCUCCGGUCAGUAUUUCGUAGUGGACGUACCUGUUCAAGUGAAAACAAAGACUUUUUUUGACCCACAGACGGGAAAGUAUGUUCAGCUGAAUGUGCGUGAAUCUGGCAAGAGCUCCUCCCGACCCCAGUCCCAGCAAAACUACUCUCAGCCCCAGCUGCAGAUCCAGACGAAGUCGCAACAACAGCCCAUCUCCCAGGCAUCUCCCACUGGCAAGCCCCUUAUGCAUUAUCAAGGCUACCAUGGGUAUUCCCAAGGUUACCAACCAGCAGCAGUCAACUCCAUGCCCCCCCACAGCUCAUCAGCCCCCAUGACUCACCAACAGAACCAACAGUCUGUCAGGGAGAACCACAGCUACGAAUAUCCAGCCCCUGAAAUGAAACAGUGCUCUGAAGAGCAUCGCUACAGCCCGGAGAAGACACCAUACAUGGACACAGUUAAUGAUACAGAGAAAACAUAUAACACAGUUUACAACACACAUGGCUCAUAUGAGGCGUUCCCAGAGUGUGACACAAACAGCCAGCUUGCAGGAAGCUCUGUUUGUGAAAAUGAAAACUCAGCCCACUCACGAUAUCAACCCAGAGAUAUAAUACCUAUCAGUGAACUGGAAGAUUUUAUGGAGGUGUCUGACUGGUGAGAACACAGACUGAUUAAUUAUGUACAAAUAAUGUAAAGCAAACAAGAAGCCAAAUAAAGUAUUUGAUCAUAUAAAGAUACGCAAAAGAAAUGAGUGAAUGGAUUGUUACAUGCAGUAUUUGAAGUGACUUUUUUCAAAUGAACGAAGUAACUGAGUGAUUAGCUUUUUUGAGAUGCUGUUAAAUUGCUGCUGCUGAUUCUAGAGAUUCAUUGUCAAGCUAUUUAUUGUUUUACAGAGAAGUUCACCAUUCCAUUAACAUGAACGUGAGAAGCUGAGAUAUGUGUAUACAGUGUGAUCAGUAUCACGGUGCCUCGUAAACCUAGAAGGAGGCUCUCAUACAUUAAACAGCAGAAGAAUGUCAACAGUGUUUAGUAUGUUGGAGAAAUGUUGGUCUCUGCUAUUAACACUGACCUAUUUAAGUUUUCCUUUUUUUUGUUGAAGAAAUUCUUCUUUUGGAAUUUUUGAUGCAUGAGAUAUAAAGAUCUGCAGAUGGUGUAAAGCAUCAUUUGUAUAUUCAACCCUGUUAUUAAGGUUUUGUUUCAUAUAGUAGUCCAUUUUGGAAAAUUGGAAGUUUGUAAGAAUGUUUCUGUGUUGAUGUGAAACAGAGUAGUGUGAAAUAGACUUGUUCAGCCAAUAAAAACACACUUAAUUCAAUCAAACAAUUGGUCAUCACAAUGACUGUCUAACAGAAUCUGCCAUGUAAAAGUUACAAAUAAACAAAAAGGUAAAAUAAAAGAUUAUUGUGGAA